AUGAAAGCGAGAGGUAGGUUUGAGGUGUGUAUGAUGUCCUUAAGUAACAGGAUAUCUGUAAAAUCUUUAGCUAGCGGGAUAUCUGUAAGGUCAGUGCAUUACAAGACGUCGCCGUCGAGGUAUCCUAAAGUGAAUGUUAAAGAUGUUGAGUUGAACAAACCUAGGUAUGGGUUUAGGAAAAUCCGGCCACCGAUUCUUGCACAGGCAAAAACACGCACCUUGUUCCCCAACUCGGAAUUGGCUAAAUUGUACAUAGAGGAAGGUAAGAGGAUCCCUAAUAGGUUUAUGAGCCAGAUGGAUCUGGAAAGAGCGCUUGCUCAAUUUAAUUACUUUCAAGAAAAAUUAGCUAUGGAUGAACCUCAUUUCACUCUAGGUAAAAAAGAGGUAUUCUUACCCAGCGGAAGAAUUUGCUUGCUAAGACCAAAUGCAAAACAUACCCCCUAUCAAGCCAAAUUCUUGGUGCCCAAAAAAAUGAACAAAAUCGAUUUAAGAGAUUAUUUGUGGAAUAUAUAUGGCUUGAGAGCUUUGAAUAUAACUGUGCAAUUGCAACCAGCAAGAUGGGUGAGAAACCCUGAUGAUUUGGGGAGACACAGACAGCCACAAUUGAAGAAAAUGACCGUGGAUAUGCCUGAACCAUUUAUAUGGCCAGAAGUACCUCAAGCUAAAGUCGAUGAAUUGAACAAUCAAAUGGAUAAUACAGAGGAAAUUGCUAGAAGAAACGUAGCUUCGGGAUCCGAUAAAAAGAAGCCACUAGAAGCAUACGGUGGAAUGUACAAGGAAAAACAUCAAAUCAACAAAUUCAUACCCAGGCAGUUUUUGAAGAAUAGUAAGAAAUCGAUGAAAAUUUUGGAAAAAAAGAUCAAUUCACCAGAGACUAGAUCACAAGUAUCAAAUUUCUUGAAAUUGUAA